GUUAAAAUAGAAAUGCAUCGAAGUACGGCACGAUAAUGGACCCAACGCUUCACAUGGUGCCAAAAAUUAUCAAGACAUGCAUGUGCAUUGUGCGAAUUCAUCUUAUAAGGGCGGCUUUGGAGAAAUAGUACAGAUAAAGUAGAGAGAUGAGAGAUUCCCAUACAUAUUUUAUAUUUGAUUGUUUUUCUUAGGGCUGGAUGUUAGGAAGUUGACUGGAGCUUACUUAAAAAAAUUCCAAUAAUUUUUCAUCCCAUUAUUUUUUGAGAGGUAGAUUCUUAUUCCAUUAAAUUUUGAGAAGGUAAGUAGUACACCUUUGAAUUUGUGAAGUACUACUUACCCCUCAAAACAUUAUUUACUUUCUCAUUUAGUCUCUACAAUUAUAUAUAUAUAUAUAUAUGUAUGUAUAAAUAACUUUCUAUAUAUCAUAUUUUAGUACACAUCGCUAUAUUUUUUUAAAAAAUAUUUUUAUACAUUUAUACUAUUUAUAGUUAUAUUUGACUCUAUACUAUGUUAUUUUUAAAAAAUACUUUAUUUAAUAUAUUUUUUCCAGAAACUUAUAUAAAAAGUUAGACUAUAUCGAUCCAAAUUGUUAAGGAUAAAAUAAAAUAAAUGAAAAAAAUCACUAUGUAUUACUCCCUGAAAUGACCAAUCUACCCAAUAUCUUUCCCUAUAUAGAAACUCUCUCACGGCAACAACUACCUAAAAAAUGGUUUCCAAAAAAAUCUCCUUAACCCUUCUCCUCUCCCUCUUAAGUUUCUACUCUGAAAUCGUCAAGUCUCAAAACUGUAACUGCCCCCCAAACGUCUGUUGCAGUCAGUUCGGUUAUUGCGGUACCACAGCCGCUCACUGUAGUCCUACAUGCCGAUCAGGUCCUUGUAGAGGCAGUGGAACCUCAUCUGGUGCUGAUGCUGUUGGUAACAUUGUGACACAAGGAUUCUUUGACGGCAUCAUUAACCAAGCCGACUUCUGCUAUAUAGAGGAGAUAAACGGAGCGUCACGUUCAUUUUGCGACCAGAGCAACAGGCAAUAUCCAUGUGCACCGGGAAAGAGCUACCAUGGUCGUGGUCCGCUCCUACUAUCAUGGAACUAUAACUACGGACCGUGUGGCCAGAGUCUCGGCCUCGACCUUUUACUCCAGCCUGAGCUGGUCAGUAGUAACCCAGUUGUGGCCUUCAGGGCGGCUAUGUGGUUUUGGAUGAAGAGCGUGAGGCCUGUGCUGAACCAGGGAUUUGGAGCCACCAUAAGAGCUAUCAGCAGUUUGGAGUGUAACGGUAGGAACUUAGGUGCAGUAAAUGCAAGGAUUAGGUACUAUAGAGACUAUUGUGGGCAGCUUGGUGUAGAUUCUGGUGCCAAUGUCACUUGUUGAAAAGUCUUCGAACAUAGACGAGAUGUGUGACAAGUGAGUGUUUUAGGUGAAAUAAAAAAGAAGUUAUUAAACAUGUAAUUAUCUUGUGAAAAUGAAUCGAAUUAUAAAGUAAAAUAAAGAUUUGUUUUCUUACA